AUGAGGCCUCAAUCGCUCGCCAGUUCCCUUAUUGUACUGCAAGCCAUCGCAAGUGUUGUUUCACGCCCAUACAGUGAUGAUUCAGAGGCAGUUUGUUUUACAUAUUUCUCGACUUAUCUGGAGCCUAUUUUCAGUUCAGUCUGCCUUAACACUCCAACUUCGCCUGUAGCAACGACAGCUGAAUCUUCCACCAAUCUUUCAGGUAGUGUUUCCGAAACGGAUUCUGUGUCUUCCAAUCCCUCGUUCCCCGUAUCAAAAUUCACGAUAAGGACUGACGUAUCAGGCACAACAUUUUCAACAGAUCCAGCUUCGUCUCCACCAUCUUCCUUUUCUUCCAUCUCAGUAUCUGGACCUCCCUCAUCGUUCUUCACCACGUCUACACCUGGCAUCUCAACCUCGGCCAGUACAGCCCAGUUCAGUGUGACUGGCUCCAGUUCCAGUCCCUCUCCAUCGGUGUUCGUUCCAGCUACUCAACCCCUGAUCUUUCUCGUUGUUCCGGGUCCGACAAUUUUCAAGCGAAUCCUAAGGAAGAGAAUCAUAGAGGGGUUUGUAGUCCAGAACACCAAUGAAGAUCGCCAGGAUUGUAACAGCGCCAAACGCUUCGACUUAAUCUCUGAACAGCUUUUGAUCGACGGCGAGCCUGUGUACUAUUCAGGUGAGGAUUAUAAACUUCUCAACGCCGGAGGGUCGCAACCGGUGGGCUCUGUCACCACCACAUUCAGUGUCUCAACAGGGAUCCUUCAGUUUUCCAAUCCAAUCCUGCCCGGCAACCAGGCAAGCUUCUGCCAGGAUCGGAAUUCACAGGUCUAUAUCACCUUUGCAUCUAGACCACCUGACUGCGACCCAGUCUCUCUCUUAGCAUACACUGUUGAACAAUGUCAAAACGGCCAGAUUCUAGUUCCAAGCUCGUCCAGUCAAGAUAGCUCGGGGUCAUCUGCCGCAAAUCUGUCCGAUACAGGGCUCUCGAGCCGCCCAAUAAGCGAUUUCACUACGAGUGCUUCAAGUCUCGUGCCUCAAGAAAGUUCUACAUCAACUCGCACAACCUCAGCAAUCUCAAGUACUACCUUAGGGUCCGUCACAGCGCCAAGCCCUCUGCCAAGCCUUUCUUCAUCAUCAUCAAGCAUCCAGAGUGCUUCGCCAUCCUCUUCAUCGUCAUCCUUGUCGUCAUCAUUCUCGCCGUCUUCAGUUUUAUUUUCGUCAUCGUCAACAACAGGCUCUCUUACUCAAGCGCCAACGCCUACCUCGAGUUUCUCGCCUGUCUCAACUUCUUCACCCUCCAUAACCACAAGCUCAAGCUCCUCAUCCGCCACAAGCUCAAGCCUAAGCUCCUCACCCACAACGAUCUCGAGCUCCACGUUAGCUACAAGCUCAAGCUCCUCAACCACCGAAAGCUCAAGCUCCUUAUCUGUAGAGAGCACAAGCACGUACACAACAAGCACAAGCUCAUCUACUACAAGCUCAACUACUACAAGCUCAACUUCUUCAUCUACAACCUCUACUGACCCUGAACCUACCUUUUGCGGUACCGGGAGGGCAAUUAUGAAACGAGCUAAGGCUUAUCAAGAACGAAACCCCACAUCUCAAUUACCAGAAACUAUUGAAAGCUUUUUUCUGUGGAUCCAACCCCGUAAGAAGCUCGACUUCUGGCUACAAAAGCUUAAGUCAUAG